CAUCCCCAUCUCAAACUCUUAAACCCAAUUUCCCAAAACCUUCCCAAUUACAACAACCCAAAAAUUCUAACUGUUCCCAAACUGAAAGCCUAUCAAUGGCUGCACAGCUUACUUGUAUCACCACCAUUAGCGACCUCCCCGAUGUCAUCCUCUCCAACAUCAUCGCCGCCGUCUCGGACGUCCGCAGCCGCAACUCCACCUCCCUCGUCUGCCGGAAAUGGCUCGUCCUCGAACGUUCCACGCGCUCCUCCCUCACGCUCCGUGGCAACGUCCGUGACCUCUUCAUGUUACCCACUUGCUUCAGAUCCGUUACUCACCUUGACCUCUCCCUUAUCUCACCUUGGGGUCAUCCACUCCUCUCCCCCACCGCCGUUGCUGACCCUUUCUUAAUCGCCCAACUCCUCCACCACGCGUUUCCGUCCAUCACUUCCCUUGUUCUGUACACGCGCAACCCGUGUACCCUAAGGAUCUUGCCUCCGUUAUGGCCAAACCUCAAGGAAAUCAAGCUUGUUCGAUGGCAUCAGCGUCCGCAAUUAUCAGCUGGGGAGGAGCUCAAUAUGCUAUUUACAGAGAAUUUCCCAAAGCUUCAUUCGCUAGAUUUGUCCAAUUUUUACUGCUGGACAGAUGAUAUUCCUGUCGCACUUGAAUCUCAUCCUGCAGUUGCAGCUAAUCUCACGAGCUUAAAUCUCUUGAAUUCGAGUUUUCCUGAAGGGUUUAAGUCUGAUGAGAUUAGCUCGAUAACGCGAGCUUGCCCCAAUAUGAAGGAGUUUCGUGUUGCUUGUAUGUUUGAUCCCAGGUACAUUGGGUUUGUUGGUGAUGAAGGUUUGGUUUCUAUAGCUAACAAUUGUCCCAAAUUAUCAGUGCUUCAUUUGGCUGAUACUUCAGCUUUGUCAAACGCUAGGGGUGAUCGAAAUGAUGAGGGGUUCACUCAAGAGGACGCAAAGUUUAGUGUUUCAACUUUGAUUGAGGUAUUUUCUGGUCUUCCAAUACUUGAAGAGCUUGUUUUAGAUGUUUGUAAUAAUGUUAGAGACACCGGUUCUGCGUUGGAAAUUUUGAAUAAGAAAUGCCCCAAAUUGAGAUCGUUGAAGUUGGGGCAAUUCCAUGGUGUUUCUAUGCCAAUUGAAUCAAAGUUGGACGGAGUGGCUCUUUGUGAAGGGCUUCAAUCGUUGUCCAUAAGGAAUGUGGGGGACUUGAAUGAUAUGGGUUUGAUAGCUAUCGGUAGAGGGUGUUCGAGGUUAACCAAGUUUGAGAUUCAAGGUUGUAAAAAGAUUACUAUGAGGGGCAUGAGGACACUAGCUUCUUUGCUUAAGAAUACGUUGGUUGAUGUCAAGAUAUCUUGCUGCAAGAAUCUUGGAGCCUCUUAUUCAUUGAAAGCAUUGGAGCCAAUACAAGAACGGAUCCAAAGGCUUCACAUUGAUUGUGUGUGGGAUAGCGUUGAAGAAUUUGAAGAUCUUGAUGGUUAUGGAUACGGGUUUGAUCUUAAUGUGAAUGAUGGAGGUGAGGCAUCAAGCAACUCUGCUGGUUCUGGGGACACAUUUGAAUGCGAGGAAGAUGCAUUCAUGUUUAAACAACAGAAAAGAUGCAAGUAUGAGGAAGUUAAUGGCCAUGCUAGUGGAUAUAGUGGACGAUCAUGGGAUCAGCUGCAAUCCCUCUCUCUUUGGAUUGAGGUUGGUGAACUUCUGACUCCUUUAACAGCUGCAGGUCUUGAAGACUGUCCUAACUUAGAAGAGAUCAACAUUAAAGUGGAAGGAGAUUGCAGGCUAUGGUCAAAACCUUCGGGGCGAGAAUUUGGACUGAGCACUCUUCUAUACUAUCCUAUGCUAUCCAAGAUGCAUUUGGAUUGUGGAGAUACCAUAGGUUAUGCACACACCGCACCAUCAGGGCAGAUGGAUUUGAGCUUGUGGGAAAGGUUUUAUCUGUUUGGGAUUGGAAAUUUGAGCCUUACUGAACUUGAUUACUGGCCACCACAAGAUAGGGACGUUAACCAAAGGUGUCUAUCCCUACCAGCAGCUGGGCUGCUACAAGAAUGUGUCACUCUCAGAAAACUCUUCAUCCAUGGAACAGCACAUGAACAUUUCAUGAUGUUCUUUCUUAGGAUCCCGAACUUAAGAGAUGUACAACUGAGAGAAGAUUACUAUCCCGCACCUGAGAAUGACAUGAGUACAGAGAUGAGGGCAGACUCCUUGAGCCGCUUUGAAGCUGCCCUAAACAGGCGCCUGAUAUCUGAUUGAUGCAAGGAGCAAAAUGUCGACACAAUUAUCCCAUGUCCAGUGCCUCAAAGAGUUUUAUUUAGUCAGAUAAUGUAUUAAAUAUCCAGAUCUCUAUAUAUGCAUUAUGGUUUUGUGCAUUGACCACUGCUGCACUUUGCUCAAAUUGGGAUAAAGAGGAGGAUGAUCGCUAAAUCAAAUUUGGGUCCCGGUUCUGCUUGCAAGGAGUGGAAUUGUAGAAUAUUAGGUAAACGAACUCUGCAUUUGAUUUCACAAAAAGGCUGAACGUUUCAACUAUAUUUCUACAUACACGAUAUUUUUUCUAAAACUGGAAAAUCACACAGUUACUACAACUUGAGCCGGACAUUGUUAACACCUCUACCAUGUUUUUUCUGUACAGACAAAACAGAUUGCACUAACAGAGUGAAUACUCGCACUCUACCAGUCGGGUGAGAAUUUCCCCGCAACUUGGUCUUUCGUUGGGCUCAGCCCAACAGUCUGAAAUGAAAAAAACGAUGAGUCAGGGACGUCAAAAAGCUAAAAAGGAGAACAUUAUGGAGACGAACAGAAGAACGGUGAAAUACAUGGGUCCAUUGCAUUUAGUUAUACAUUACGCCAGAAAUACCUGCAAUUAGUUGGCCAAGGGGUCCUUCAGGUAUCUCUAGCCUUGAUCCUUCAUUGGCAACAAUAUAAACUACCUGAAAAUGGGCACAAGGCAGUUGUUACUUGAUGUAGCCAUGUGGAAAUAAGACACUAACUUCCAAGACAUAAGAAAAAACAAUUAACCAUAACAAAGGAGAGGUUAAAUAUAGCGUACCCUCUCUGGUGGUACACCGUGCCAUGGUCUUUCUAGGGUACAAAGUUCCCACAUUAUCACGCCAAGACUAAAAAUGUCACAUUUUUCUGUAUAAGACUCGUUUCGGAUGAGCUCUGGAGCCAUCCAUUCAGGAGUGCCAGCUGCUGCAGUAUCUCUCAUAGGUGCAUCUGUCAUUAUUUUCGAGAGCCCAAAAUCACAUAUUUUGACACUCCAGUGCUUGUUCACAAGGCAGUUUGCACUUUUUAGAUCACGAUGGACUAUCUUCAUCCGAUGCAUGCACAUCAACCCUCUUAGUUGCCAACAGAAGCAAGAAACUAAUCAUAAAUCCCGUCCUUGAGAAAUAUAAAAGUAGAAGCAUGGUUGAGGUAUUUUAUGUAGAAGCUUUUGAAGCAUUAUGUAAUAAAAAAAAAAUUACAUGGUUUGUAUGUAAUUAACAUGUGUUGAAGGGAUUGUAAUCAGCAUUCAUAGAAAAAGAA